AUGGGUCGCUGGACAGACAUGGAUAGCGACGCCGAGCGCCUCCCCUCCGGCUUCGAGCGCAUAGGCUACGACGCCGACACCCAAACCUACACCUUCCGCGACGCAUCCGGCCUUAUCUACGAAUCCGAGCCCGGAAACCGAUACGGCGAGCUGCGUGCAACGGGCGAGCACUCGCAGCCCCCGUCUGACGAGCAACGACGCGAGCAGGAUGAGAUGAUAGAAGAAGGCAAUAGGAGCGCUGAGUGA